UUAGUUGGGAGAACGUCUCCGAAUGCGGUAAAUCGUGUUGUCAAAGAUCAUAAGUUUUCGUCUAUUUUGUUCCCUCUGUGACUAGAUUUGAAUAAAGAAUUAUUUGUAUGUCUUCUUUUAUCGCAGUCGAACGUCUAGUUUAACAUGAUCAAAUUAUUUUCGUUGAAACAAGCGAAAAAAGAUGGCGAGUCACCAAAGGCUGGGACCCAGAAAAAGGCAUCAGCAGCUCAGCUGAGAAUAACGAAAGAUAUAAACGAACUUAAUCUACCAAAAACGUGUGGUACAGAGUUUCCCGAUCCCGAUGAUUUACUGAGUUUUAAAUUAAUUAUUUGUCCUGAUGAGGGAUUUUACAGAGGUGGUAGAUUUGUAUUCAGUUUUAAAGUUGGACCAAAUUAUCCUCACGAACCACCUAAAGUUAAAUGUGAAACUCAGGUUUAUCAUCCUAAUAUUGACUUGGAUGGCAAUGUGUGUCUCAAUAUCUUAAGAGAAGACUGGAAACCAGUUCUCACAAUUAAUUCUAUUGUUUAUGGACUUCAGUACCUUUUUCUAGAACCCAAUCCAGAAGAUCCCCUUAAUAAAGAUGCUGCAGAAGUAUUACAAAAUAACAGAAGAGUAUUCGAACAAAAUGUAGCAAAAGCUAUGAGAGGAGGAUAUGUAGGAUCAUUUUGUUUUGAACGGUGUCUCAAGUGAUACAGUAUCCUGUCAUUGUUGCUGUAUACAUUUCUUUAGGGACUCACUUUGGGAAAAAUAUCCUAACAUACAGGGCAAAGAUAGGACUGCAAGUCCUGUCACUUGCGUGAUCACUUUAUACACAUUUAUUUUCUUUAUGUUUUGCCAGGCCUAUAUACGUCAGUUUCAUCAAAUACUUUAUAUUUUUCAUUAAUAAACCUCUUAAAAUGUUUAAUACAUAAAGUUUCCUUAUUUAAAUAAAAUGAAGAUACGUUUUGGCCAUGGCAUCAUUUAGUGAAUUUGGAAUGCAAUUGAAGAAUGAUAGAUCAAUUAUAGUGAGCAUUCCACUGAUAAAAUAGGUGUUGCUGACUAAUUGAUAUUGAAUUCUGAGUGGACCUUAGUCAUUAGGUAUACAAAACUUUUAGCUAUAUUUGUUUUUUUACCAUCGUCAUUUUCAAUUUAUGUAUCAUAACUUCAUAUCUCAUUAUUAAUGUAUGAAAUUACCAGCAGCACUUAUUAAGUUUUUCUUCAGUUCUUAAUUACAUAUACAUAAUUUAAUUUAAAUAAUGACUGAGGUGGAAUGUAAGGCUGUUAUAGAAAAACAGAUAUUUUAUUUGGUUUGGCAAAGAUUGCACAUAUAAAAGACAUCAAUUGCCAUUUUUUGUCAAUGGAGGACGUAAGAGUUGUAAUAUUUGUAUGCAUAAAUACGUUCCAUUUAUAUGCAAUAAGAAAUAAUAGAUGAAAGAAUUUCCAAUUACUAUAUAAGUAGACAAUUGUAAUUUCAUAAAAUUACUGAACAAUUGCAAGGCAUGAUCUUUUAUAUCAAUUGUUCAUUCAAAUGCCAAUGGCUUUUUAAAAAUAUAUUCUAAUUUCAAAGAUAUGUACAUAAAAAAUAAAUAAUGUUAUAUGCAUUUUUGAAAUUUCGGAAAAUAUAUAAAAUGAGAUAAUUUAAAUAAAUAAAUUAUCUUUAUAAUCAUAUAUAAAAAUAUCAUGCCAUAACAAUCUGUAUUUACAUAUGUAUGUAUCCUCAUAAAAAUAUUUCUCAUAAAAAUGUUUUACGUCCUCGAAAUUGCGAUCUUGUUAAAUUUCAUACCAAACCAUAAAAUGUUCUUUAAUUUUAAUGAAUUAAUUGAUUUUUAGAUUCGUUUUCAUUUUUUUUUUUUUUUUUUAAAUGACAAUUCGUUAUCUUUAUAUACAAGCGAUGUUAAGAAAGAAUAUAUUAUAAAAAACAUCAAAAUUUUUUAUUUGUAAUUCUAAAAUUAUAAUAAAAUGAACAAAUUUGUUUAAAAAUUGGCUAAUAAUUUACUUUUCGGGAAAAAAGAAAUAAUUUAGAUUCUAAUUCUGAUACAUCACUGUGAUCAUUUUAUAAGAUAACAUU